GAUCGUGAACCAUCCCGAUCCAUGAGGAGUUGCGCUGCAAUUCGAAAUUAAACGCUCGAAAAGCCGGAACAUGCUCAGCACACCCGUAGCACCAGCAUUCAUUCCUCUCACCCAGGGUCAUCUCAUGAGCCGAGUAAUUGGCCGCCGCGAUCACACACGUGUCGUUUGACAAAUCAGUGCAUUCCCCUUCCAACCUUUCUCUCCGAUUUCACUUUCGCGUAGCACCGCCAACAUGUCCCUCAGGCCCAACGUCGUAAACCCACUGCGCGACAUUCCGGGCUGCUUUGCAUGCCGUCUCAGAGGAAAGGGAUGCCAUCGAAGUUCCAGUGAUGAUGGAUGUGACAUGUGUCGCUUUGCACAUGUGGAGUGCCUUCCAUGUCCACCACCACUUCCAAAAUUAAUCAAGGAAUGUCCGAAAGCAAAGGCUUGCGUCACUGAAAUUCGAUCCCUUUCGAACGGAAAUCGGGUUGGCAUAGCCAAACUCCCGAAGACUUGUGCCUUCGCUCGGGAAUUUUUCAACCUGGUGGGGGACCAAACCCAACUACUUGAAGACCAGGGAAUUUACAAUGUGGAUUUACGAUCCCCGCGCACUCCUCCCCAGUCAUCCAGUAGCACUCAGUAUAGUGUUGGAAACCAACCAACUCUGGGCGCUCCGCCUGCAUUAGAUGUUGGUAUGAACAUGUUAUCGUAUACAACCAUUGGCACUUACCCCACACCGAACCGUUGUGUGAACUAUUACUCGUUCCCGCCAACCCCCUCGCCCGCUACACAUGCGGAUCUCAACCCCGGCUACAUCUACGAUGCGAGGUACGCUAGCACCAGCGUGGCAUCUAGUUUUCCGUCCCCAACCAAUCAUGACCCUUCGAUCCCCACCCCUCCAAUGGCGAGUGGGGCUCUCGGGAACACUUGCCCCCUUCCGUCUCCGCCCGUGUCUCCCAAUGCGUAUCAUGGUCAAAGCACCCCGCUGCACACCGACUGCCCCACGUUGUAUCAUCUCGAAGCCAUAGCCCAAAGUUUGGGCUACACGCUUGUUCCCCUGCAGAGCCGACUUCAACAUCAUCCUUGAAAAUUCACCAGUGCCAUCAGACCAUUGUGACUUCUGGCGUCCCUUCAGUAACAUGCAAUGCUAAUACCAGUGUCAAUCCAAUCGAAUUAUGUAUGCGUGGCUUCGUUUGUGAGCCGCUGGGAUUCCUGCUUUUGUUCGGCUAUGUAGUGCAUCUUUUCUUCGUCAUAUUGCGGUGUCACGCCCGCAGGCCCGCCUUCUCCAUGAAUCCGACUUGUAUUUACUCAUUCCCCAUCCAUGUGGUUUCCAGCCUAAAUUAGGUUGAUGCAAAGAAAUUCGC